AUGCCUGUGCGCAACGCCCCUUUGCGCCCCCUUAUCAAAGCCUUAUCGCUAUCUUCAGCUUCACCAACACUGUUGACAUCACCACCAACGACGUCAUAUGCUUUCAGGAGGCUAUUUUCCAACACAGCCCGGCGCAAUGCAGAUUUUACCCACGCCGUAAUUGGCGGCGGUGUAGUUGGUUUAGCGAUUGCGCAAUCUUUGGCCAGGAAACAUCCUUCCUCAUCAACGCUCCUCCUCGAGCGCCACGAUGCCAUCGGAACAGAAACCUCGUCCCGCAACAGCGAGGUGAUCCACGCAGGCAUAUACUACGGUGCUGACUCCCUCAAAACUUCCCUCUGCCUCAGAGGCAAGGAACUGCUCUACUCCCUCUGUGCGAAGCAUGACAUCCCCCACCGCCGCACGGGGAAAUGGAUCGUAGCCCAAAACGACCUCCAACUCGCGGCCCUCGAGCAAAUCCACAACUUUUGCCAGAAUGAACUCCACGUCCCUAUUGAGUGGGUCUCUUUAGAAACCGCCAGAAAAAGGGAACCAGCCGUCAGGGCAGAGAAAGCCAUUUUGGAGUCGCCGACAACGGGAAUCAUCGACUCCCACGCGCUGAUGCUCACCCUGUUGGGACUGUUUGAAGAAGCGGGCGGUACUCUCGCGUUAUCCUCCGAUGUGAAAGGUAUUACCCCGCUAGGGAACAAGGGCUCCUCAGGCUGGGAACUCGUCGUCUCUGAUCCCAGCGGUGAAACCUCCGCCAUUACAACGGAAACUCUCAUCAACGCUGCUGGAUUGGGCGCGGUUGAGAUCAACAAUCUCAUCGUUCCGGAGGAUCAACACAAGAAACUGUACUAUGCGAAGGGGAAUUACUUUUCUUACCCUGCCCCCCAGCCCAAGGUUAACACGUUGAUCUACCCCGCCCCUGAGCCUGGCCAUGGAGGGCUGGGGACGCAUCUGACCAUGGAUCUUGCGGGCAGGAUUAAAUUUGGGCCGGAUGUGGAGUGGGUUGAUGGUCCGGGUGAUUUGGGGGUUAAUCAGGCUAGGCUGGGGGAGACGAUCAGGGAGGUCAAGAGGUAUUUGCCUGGUCUGGACGAGGGGCAGCUCGUGCCGGAUUACGCGGGGAUUAGGCCGAAGCUGGGGAGGGCGAGCGCCGUCGCGCAUGGGAAGGGGUUUGUGGAUUUUUAUAUUGAGAGGGAGAAGGGGUGGGAAGGGUGGGUGAAUUUGUUGGGGAUUGAGAGCCCGGGUUUGACGAGCUGUUUGGCUAUUGGGGAGAGGGUGGAGAAGUUGCUGUAUGGGAGGUGA